AGCUUUCUGGAGGCUCGGUUUGAAGUUGUGACAUCUGUAGACACUUUCGACUUGAUAUUAAGGCGCGCCUAACCGAGAGUGAAAGUUAUUCGUGCAAUUACGCAGGUCAAAAUAUCGAUUUAAUUUUUUACGCCAACUAAGGAAACCAAAAGAAGUUACUACGUAGGAUACCUCUGACUGUCUUCUCAGCGUAAAUUGCACCGCGUUCUUCCGAAUCACCUGUUCCGAGAAAAUGGGUGAUUUGCUAUAGAGCUUUUGAAAUUGUGACCUUUGGAUUCCUGAUAAUCUCCCAACCCCACAGCAUUUAGGUUGACGUCUUGCUUCCUCUUCUCCUGGGACCAUGUUCUACGCUCAUUUUGUUCUGAGUAAGCGAGGGCCGCUGGCCAAAAUUUGGCUAGCGGCCCACUGGGACAAGAAGCUGACCAAAGCCCACGUAUUUGAGUGUAAUCUGGAGAGCAGUGUGGAGAGUAUCAUCUCGCCCAAGGUCAAGAUGGCACUUCGAACUUCAGGACAUCUUUUGUUGGGAGUAGUUAGAAUCUAUCACAGAAAAGCCAAGUAUCUCCUUGCGGACUGCAAUGAGGCAUUCAUUAAGAUAAAGAUGGCUUUUCGUCCAGGUGUGGUCGACUUGCCUGAGGAAAAUAGAGAAGCAGCUUAUAAUGCGAUUACCUUACCUGAGGAAUUUCAUGAUUUUGACCAGCCAUUGCCUGACCUAGAUGACAUUGAUGUGGCUCAACAAUUCAGUUUGAACCAGAGUAGAGUGGAGGAGAUUACAAUGAGAGAAGAAGUUGGGAACAUCAGUAUCCUCCAAGAAAAUGAUUUCGGUGACUUUGGAAUGGAUGAUCGUGAGAUGAUGCGAGAAGGUAGUGCAUUUGAGGAUGACGACAUGUUAGUAAGCACCAGCGCGUCCAACCUCUUACUGGAACCGGAACAGAGCACCAGUCACCUGAAUGAGAAAAUCAACCACCUGGAAUAUGAAGACCAAUACAAAGAUGACAAUUUUGGAGAGGGAAACGAUGGUGGUAUUCUGGAUGACAAACUUAUCAGCAAUAAUGAUGGAGGAAUCUUCGAUGAUCCCCCUGCCCUAUCUGAAGGAGGAGUGAUGAUGCCAGAGCAACCGGCGCAUGAUGAUCUGGACGACGAUGACAACGUGUCAAUGGGUGGACCAGACAGUCCAGAUUCAGUAGAUCCAGUUGAACCACUACCAACUAUGACUGACCAAACAACUCUUGUUCCAAAUGAAGAAGAGGCUUUUGCUUUGGAACCCAUUGAUAUCACUGUCAAGGAAACAAAAGCCAAGAGGAAGAGGAAGCUAAUUGUGGACAGUGUAAAAGAGCUGGACAGCAAGACAAUUAGAGCCCAGCUAAGCGAUUAUUCGGAUAUCGUGACUACUUUGGAUCUGGCGCCACCAACCAAGAAGUUGAUGAUGUGGAAGGAAACCGGGGGAGUGGAAAAACUGUUUUCUUUACCCGCUCAGCCUCUGUGGAACAACAGACUACUGAAGCUCUUCACACGCUGUCUCACGCCUCUCGUGCCGGAGGACCUGCGGAAGAGGCGGAAGGGCGGCGAGGCGGACAAUCUGGAUGAGUUCCUCAAAGACUUUGAGAACCCGGAGGUGCCGAGAGAGGAGCAGCAACAGCAGCAGCAGCAGCAGCAACGAGAUGUUAUCGAUGAACCUAUUUUGGAAGAGCCAAGCCGCCUACAGGAGUCAAUGAUGGAGGGCAGCAGAACCAAUUUGGAUGAGUCGGUCAUGCCCCCGCCUCCACCUCAGACUGGAGUCAAACGCAAAGCCCAGCAAGUGGAGCCGGAGCCCGCGUUGCCUCCUCAACCGUUGCAGCAGUUGGAAAUGCCUCCUGUCGAACUUCCUCCGGAAGAGCCUCCAAAUAUCUGCCAGCUGAUACCUGAGCUCGAGCUCCUGCCAGAGAAGGAGAAGGAAAAAGAAAAAGAGAAGGAGGAGGAAGAGGAAGAAGAGGAGGAAGAUGCUGCUGGUGGUGAUCAAGAUCAGGAGGAACGAAGGUGGAACAAAAGAACUCAGCAGAUGCUUCACGGUCUUCAGAGAGCCCUCGCUAAGACCGGAGCAGAGUCCAUCAGCUUGCUUGACCUGUGCAGAAAUACGAACAGAAAGCAAGCGGCGGCAAAAUUCUACAGCUUCUUGGUACUGAAAAAGCAGCAGGCUAUCGAGCUGACGCAGGAAGAACCCUACAGUGACAUCAUCGCCACCCCCGGACCAAGAUUCCACAUCAUCUGAGCGGCCGGUCACAUCGGAGCCAGUGUGAAUUUCACCAGGGCCUGUUAUGUAUUGCCCCCGUGGGUCGGGCACACCAGACCACUGCAGAAAUUUAAAUCUUAUCGGCUGUACAAAGUCUCUCUCUCUUCCCCCUCCCUCACCUUCCCCCCCACCGCCCCUUUUUGAUAUUUUUUAAAUUUGCCGUCGUCAUUUUUAGGGAAACUUGCUGGGCCGUCACGUUCCGACGAAGAUACCGGUAUCUCCGGAUGAAAUACGAGGCCGUUUUAACCGUUCGGCGCGGACGUGUGCAAUCCCGGGGCACGUAACGUCGCGUAGCGUUGAAAAGUCAGCGGUUCUCCUCCGUCACCCGCCGCGGCGUACGGACGGCUGACCCGCUCAGGGGAAAGAGAGGUGUUUUUCUCCCCCGGCCACCCCAAAAUCUUUUCGCUCUCUUCUUAACCGUGGAACUUAGGAGCUUCUAGUUGUAGUGCGGUAACAGGGUUACGGCGCUUUGGAAGAAUGGUUCAAGUAAGAAAGGCCAGCGUCUACGCGAGCAGGUGGGACUUUGGGAUGUCGGGUGCUCCCGGUAAGUCUGUGGAACGUCCCGGGGGCGUCGACUCGGCCGAGGGGGGACCGCGGGCCCGCCACGCUUAUCGGUAUCGGCCCCGGACUCGGCUGUCGGACUCGCCGGGCUCCUCCGGCGGGGUCAGUCCGGCCUGCACGCAAGCUCCCGACUGCAGUUUUUAAAAGAUUUACCUACACGUUCAGAUCAUAGCAAUAAAAACCAAUCAGAAGAUAGAAUUCCCCUCUCUCCGGCAAGCGUACCCAAAGGACAGACUGAUGAGAACGACACACACCAGGUUACACCUAAUUACGAGACUCCGUGUAAACUGUAUUAUGACUUUUCUAAUAUUUAUUAUGGGUUUUAGAAUCGAUUUUUCUUUUCUCCCCCGAUUCUGCACGCUCCCGUGUCCGACAUAGAGCUUUGCGAGAGAAAUCCCGCACCCGGUAUCCUGUGAGAGAUCCAAAUAGAGGCUUAUUUUUAAUAGAGCAGAUAGCACCAGAAAUCAUGUGAAUAGAUCGAUUUAUUAAACCACGUCUUAACUUUUUUAGGGUAAAAUCAUUGGCGCGAAAAGUUCCGGCUUAACUUUUGGCACUUUUGCGGGAGAUUCUCUUCGGAGACUGGGACUUAAGUCAGUCCCCGAUAACGUCAGAUCACGUGCAGAUGUUUUAAAGGUUUGCGAGACUACGGAAUCACCGUGUCACGAUCGAAUCUCACGAGAGGUAAUUGUAUAAAAUCAUCGCUGCGGCUUUAUCUUCGACACGACGUGCCCGUGAGACCAUGUCUUUCCCCUUUGUAAAAAGACAUUGUAGAUAAUUUGAAUGUUUAAUUAUAGAAAGGUCAUUAGUUCUUGUUACACAUUUUGUUAGUCUGGUUUUUGUUGCUUAUCAGGUUUAAUAUUGUUCUUGAAAAUAGUUGAUGCUGUGUUAUGUAUAACUUUUCUAAUAAAAGUGGUGUCCUAAGCUGUUACUCGCGCA